AUGGAUUCCAGCCAUACUGGUGAGUUCACAAACUCUAGACAGUCCUUCCUCACUCCCGCUGACAGGUUCAAACUUGCCGGGGUGGACCAAUCACAGAGCAGCAGACAGACGUACUUCACCAAAGAAGCAUUUGUGGAGGGAAAGAUAGACGACAGUGCCCCCUAUGGACCCACUGCAGAAUCUCUGACAAGUGACUCCUCCAAAGACUGGAAUCAAGAGUUUAAAGACUCACAUCAGAGAGAUGAAGGCCCGAGCAUUCCCUCUGGUCAGGAGCCUCAAGCUGAGCUGGACUCCAUCUUCCAGGUUUUGGAGGAGCAGGUCCUGAGGUUUGUACAACAGCAGCUGCAGAGGCUCCACAGGCUCCUGGCUUCAAAUUACCCAGAAUGCUCCGAGAGUGAGGAGGAUGAGAGCAGAGAGGUUCUGAACAUCACCUUGGACUUCCUGAAGAGGAUGGACCAGGAGCAUCUGGCCCAGCGCCUGCUCAGCAGGAGUAAAGUUGGAUUCAGAGAUAAACUGAAGAGGCAUCUGCAGCAGAGGUUCAGCCGUGUGUUUGAGGGUGUGGCUAAAGCAGGAGACUCCGCCCCCCUGACCCAGAUCUACACAGAGCUCUACAUCAUAGAGGGUGGAGCCUCAGAGGUCAACCAGGAACAUGAGGUCAGACACAUGGAGUUCAAGUCCAGGACACCGACCGCUCCGGAGAUCACCAUCACAUGUGAAGAUCUCUUUAAAGCCCACCCACAUUUACCAAAGCCAAUCAGAUUGGUGCUGACGAAGGGUGUGGCUGGCGUGGGGAAAACAGUGCUGACUCAGAAGUUCAGUCUAGACUGGGCUGAAGGCAGGGCCAAUCAGGACUUCCAGCUGCUGUUCCCCUUCACUUUCAGAGAGCUCAAUGUGUUCAGAAACACAGAGUUCAGCCUGGUGGAGCUGCUGCACCACUUCUUCAGUCCAUCCAAAGAUCUCUGUAGCUUCCAACAGCUCCAGGUGCUCUUCAUCUUUGACGGUCUAGACGAGUGCAGACCUCCUCUGGACUUCAGCCAAACCCAGGUCCUGACAGACGCCACAGAGUCUGCCUCAGUGCAUGUGCUGCUGGUGAACCUCAUUAGGGGCAGUCUGCUUCCCUCUGCUCACCUCUGGAUAACCACGCGCCCUGCGGCGGCCAGUCAGAUCCCAGCCGAGUGCGUCUCCAUGGUGACAGAGGUGCGAGGAUUUACUGACCUGCAGAAGGAGCAGUACUUCAGGAAGAGGUUUAAAGACCACGCCAAAGCUGUCAUCUCCCACAUCAAGAGCAUCCGCAGCCUCCACAUCAUGAGCCACAUCCCGAUCUUCUGCUGGAUCCUCUAUACAGUUCUACAGAAGCUUCUGAAACAAACAGAACCAGAGCUGCCCCGGACUCUCACACAGAUGUACGUCCACUUCCUGGUGGUGCAGGCCAAAAUCAAGAACAUCAAGUACCACGAGGGAUCAGGGGAGGAACUUCACUGGACUCCAGAGACCAGAGAGAUGGUGGAGUCUCUGGGAAAACUGGCCUUUGAGCAGCUGCAGAAAGGAAACCUGAUCUUCUACGAGAGUGACCUAAGCGAGUGUGGGCUGGACGCUGCAGCGGCCUCAGUGUACUCCGGAGUGUUCACACAGGUUUUUAGAGAGGAGCCAGGCCUGUACCAGGACAAGGUCUACUGCUUCAUUCAUCUGAGUGUGCAGGAGUUUCUGGCUGCUCUUCACGUCCAUCAGACCUUCUACAGCUCUGGAGAGAACCUGCUGGAGGCAACACAUACCUCUGAGAGUCCAGACCCUGAGGCCUUCUACCGCUCUGCUGUGGACCAGGCCUUACAGAGUCCAGACGGACACCUGGACCUGUUUCUCCGCUUCCUCCUGGGGCUGUCUCUGCCGACCAAUCAGAGGCUGUUGCAGGGUCUGCUGACUCACACAGAAAGUGACCGGACCGAUCAGGAGACAGUAAAGUACAUCAAACAGAAGCUGGAUGAAAAGGGCCUGCCUUCAGAGAGAAGUCUGAACCUGCUCCACUGUCUGAACGAGCUCAAUGACCAAAGUCUAGUGCAGGAGAUACAGAAGAACAUGAGAAGAUACCUCGCUGAUGGAACCAUGUCUGCUGCUCAGUGGUCUGCUCUGUCCUUUGUCUUACUGUCCUCAGAUUCAGACCUGAAGGAGUUUGACCUGAGGAAAUACCAGAACUCAGAGACAGCUCUCCUAGGUCUGCUGCCGGUGGUCAGAGCCUCCACCAAAACCCUUCUUUGUGGCUGUGGUCUGUCCCCUCACAGCUGUGCUCCUCUGGCCUCAGUCCUCAGCUCCUCCAGUCUUACACACCUGGAUCUCAGUCACAACGACCUCCAGGACUCAGGAGUGGAGCUGCUGUGUUCUGGACUGAAGAGCACCACCUGCAGACUGGAGACACUCAGUCUGUCUGGAUGUCUGGUCUCAGAGAGGGGUGGGGCUGCUCUGGCCUCAGCUUUGAGUUCCGCCUCUUCCCACCUCACAGAGUUAGACCUGAGCUACAACCAUCCAGGACCCUCUGCCGAGCUCCUGACUGCUCUACGAGACCAGCGCCCCCUGCUGUUGGAUCCUGCUGGAGAGCGCUGGAUGGUUCCAGGUCUGAGGAAAUACUCCUGUAAGGUCUCUCUGGACCCAAACACAGCUCACAGACGCCUGCUUCUGUCUGAGGACCAUCGGAGUGUGACACGUGUGGGUGUGGAUCAGAAGUAUGAAGAUCACGAAGACAGGUUCACAGUCCACGCUCAGGUCUUGAGCCGCACUGGCCUGAGGGGGCGCUGUUACUGGGAGGUGGACUGGAGCGGGAGGGUUGUUAUAGCAGGGAGUUACAAAGAGAUCAGACGGAGGGGACAGGAACGGGAGUGUGAGUUUGGAAACAAUGAUCACUCCUGGAGUCUGAGGAUCUAUGGUGAUGGAGUGUACUUCGUCUGGCACAAGAGCAACGCAACACGACUCCACCACUCAGAGAGAGGGGAAGUGUCAUCUAGUAAAGAAGGCGUGUUGUCUGGCAGAGUGGGCGUGUUCCUGGACUCUGAGGCUGGAGCUCUGUCCUUCUAUGAGGUCUCCUCUGAUGGAGAACUGUUCCACCUCUGGACCUUCUCGUCGUCCUUCUCUGAGCCUCUGUUUCCUGGUUUUGCACUGGGGGAUAAAAAUUCCUCUGUGACGCUGGAAACAAUGGGUUUCGUCCCAGAGGUGUCGCUGAAGUCUGCCCAUGUUUCCUUCAGAUGCUCUUCCACUGGAUUGGUGUUUGUGGUGACAAAGGAGGUGGAGCUCCUGUACAGAAUCGUCCAAUGGGAUGAAGCGCUUCUGGAGUCGUCGGGCAGAACUCCUGCAGGACCUCUGUAUGAGAUCGAGUGUCCAGAGCAAGCUUUGUGUGAACUGCACCUGCCGCACUGUGAACCAGAGCACGUGGACCUGUCCACGGUGGACCUGUCUGUGGCACACAUCAGUGACAGUGGACUGAGCCUGAUGGAGCCAGAGCAGAUCACUCAGAGCCAUGUGGUGAUCUCUGUCUCUGGCCUCUCUUUGUUUGGGCUCUUGAUGAAGUUCUUUGACCAAUACAAGGAGAUCAGUGGGCAGGUGCUGCUCUUCUGCACACUACAAGAACCCAAAGUCAACAUGUUCCUCCUGCCCAGGAACAUCUCCUUCGACCAGGUGGAGAAGAAACAGCGCACCACCAAAAUGUACAUUCAGGCUCCUUCCAAAUGUAAACUGGUCAUAAACAGACGUUACAAAGUGACCUGUCCCACAGCGAAGAGGAUCCAGCCUGAGUGGGCGCUUUUCGAUAUGGACAAUGAGCCCAACUUCCACCCGUCCUUUGAGGUGUGCCUGCCAACGGACUGUGGUCUAGUCUCCAUCUCAGUGAAAGAGGAGGGCAGCACAGAGGACACAGAGGUCUGGAGAUACAAGCUGGAUCUGACUGAGGUCACUGUGGGGGAAGACAGGAGGCCCCAGGAAAGUCCCCAGCUGCAGCUAUGGUCGGUGCGUCCAGAGUUUGUGCAGAGAGUGUCUGAUGAGGUGCUGAAACAGAUCCUGGAUAAACUUCAGCGGGAGAAGGUUCUGACUGCAGAGGAAGCAGGUUGCACAAGGCUGAAUAGCAGAGAAGACAAAGCCCGAUACCUGGUGGACACUGUGCUACAGAAAGGCCACGCAGCAACUUCAGCCUUGAUCCGAGCCUUUUGUGAACUUGACCCGUGGUCAGACCUCUGCCAGAAACUCAGGACUGAGGAUUCAUGA